AUGUCAGCAGUUAUUUUUGUUGUCGAUUCAAAUGGUCGUAAUAGAAUCGACGAAGCAUGUGACGAAUUACAUCUAAUGACAAAUUAUGAGCUACUGAAAAAGUUACCUAUUCUCAUAUUUGCUAAUAAACAAGAUUUACCAAAUGCUUUAACAUUUGAUGAAAUCAAAGAAAAACUAAACUUACCAAAAUUAGAUGAAAUGAAAUCAAAAUGGUAUUUACAACCUUUAAUAGCUAUUGUAGGUGAAAGUAUUCAUGAAGGUUUUGAAUAG